UAAAGUUUGUGCUAUAAAUGUUACACUUUUAUUUUUUAUUUGUCUUGAAAUUUUAAUUCAUUCAACUCGGUCGUCGAUUCCUCGACUCGAGAAAUGCGUUUCCCCAACAGAUGGGGAAUCCCCCGGGUGGACCAAAUUACCAGGGUCAAAUCCGGAAGUCAAAGGCACCCAAUCAAAUCCUUUAAAUCACUUUCCAUUUAGCCGUCCAAGGAAAACAAUUCCCCUCUCCCUUCUUCUCCUCCCUUCCCAAAGGUCAGACCCUCACCGUUUCCUGUGGCAGCUCCCUCUGUAGGUGAUCACACCACCUCCGCUACCCAUUUUCUCCUUUGACCGCGUCCCACCGCCGCCGUUGCCGCCCAUAGUCUCCUCUGCCCAUCCGGCUUCCUCGUCUACCAACCCUAGUUUAGGAGUAUAAACCUCUUUCCGGCCUCCGAAACUUGGUUCUAAGAUCUGUUCUUUUUGGUGGGGUGAGAGCGGGGGAAGAGGAAAGGCGGGAUCUUGAUCUUGUACGCCACAAGAUUCUUGAAGAAAACCGCUGAGGAAGAGGGGAGGAGGUAGAGAAUGGGGAGUACGUGGAGGAAGGUGACGAGGGCGCUGGGUCUGAACCUCUGCGUCCAAGUCCCGAGGGAAAUGCUUCACGACGACGACGGGGGGUCUCGCCCCGGUGGGUCCGCCGCCGGACGCAGGGCCUCCGUCGCCGCCUCGAGCACCACUUCCUCCCCGGCGGGGUCGGUGGGGGCGUCGGAUUUCCGGGCCCUGAUGCCGACGAUGUCCGGUGGCCUCCGGCUAUCUAAAUCCGGUAGCAGAUCGUCACAGAAAUGUGCUAUCUGCCUUGGAUCGAUGAAGGCUGGAGAUGGUCAUGCACUCUUCACAGCUGAAUGCUCCCACACGUUCCAUUUCCAUUGCAUCACGGCGAACGUAAAUCAUGGCAACUACGUCUGCCCUCUCUGCAAAGCCACAUGGAAGGAGAUCCCUCUCCAAGCUCCCCAGGCUCUUGGGCAUCCUCAUCAUGGGAGAGCCAGGGUAAACCCAGUCGUGGAGGAUGGUCGUAUGCAUGUUGUACGCCGGCUCCCUCGUGCGGCUUCCGCAAACAGGCGGCGCAAUCACUUUCCUUCUUACUUUUAUGGUUCAGAACCGAGCAGUUUUAACGAUGAUGAGCCUCUGGAUCUGCAAUCUGCAGCAGCCAGAGAUCUCCGUCAAGGUCGUCCUGAGAUGGUAGAGGUCGAGAUACAUCCUGAAUUCUCAGCCAUAGCGCAAUCUGAUUGCCUGGAGAACUUCGCCGUCCUGAUGCAUGUGAAGGCUCCUCAUGCUACCAUGAACCAGAGCCCCCGGUCGAACCUCACCGCAGGCUCUACUGUGCUGCAGAACGUUCGUGCUCCGGUAGACCUGGUCACGGUGCUGGAUGUCAGCGGUAGCAUGGCGGGCACCAAGUUGGCGCUUCUCAAGCGUGCCCUGAGUUUUCUGAUCCAAAAUCUUGGGCCCUCUGAUCGCCUUUCAGUCGUUGCCUUCUCUUCGACGGCGCGCCGACUCAUCCCCUUGUGCCGGAUGUCUGACUCUGGCCGACGACAGGCCUUGCAAGCCGUCAAUUCUCUGGUGUCCAGCGGUGGGACAAACAUCGCUGAAGGCCUCAAGAAGGGGUUCAAGGUGAUCGAGGAACGGAGGGAGAGGAAUCCAGUGUGCAGCAUCCUCCUCCUCACCGAUGGCCAGGACACUUACACCUUAUCCUCGAGCGGCAGUGGAGCUCAACGCUCACAACCGGACUACAAAGUACUUGUUCCGUCCUCCAUUCUCAGCAGCACAGCGGUAUCUGUCCAUUCUUUUGGUUUUGGCGCGGACCACGACUCUGCUGUCAUGCACGCAAUUGCAGAAAUUUCUGGUGGCACCUUCUCCUUUAUUGAAUCAGAGGGCGUGCUUCAGGAUGCCUUCGCACAAUGCAUCGGUGGCAUCCUGAGUGUGGUGGUGCAAGAGUUGCGGCUGGGCGUGGAGUGUGCACAUCCUGGAGUACGACUAGCUCCCAUCAAUUCCGGCAGCUACAGAAACCAGUUGUUGAAUGAUGCUCGGACUGGAUUUAUUUACGUGGGCGACCUUUAUGCCGACGAAGAGAGAGACUUCCUGGUUUCGGUGAAUGUGCCGUUCGCCAUCGAAGAGAUCGUGCUGCUCAAGGUUGCCUGUGUCUACAAGGACCCGGUUUCGAAGGAUACUGUUCAUUUGCCGAUCAGAGAGGUGAGGAUCCAAAGGCCACAGGUCGUCUCGUCUCAAACUCCAUCAAUCGAGGUCGACCGCGAGAGGAACCGCGUCCAGGCCGCCGAGGCCAUGUCAAAUGCGAGGGCUGCAGCCGAGCGAGGUUUUCUGUCUGAUGCAGUUUCGAUUCUGGAGGAGCGUCGGAGAAUACUGUCGGAGUCCCUGGCGGCGCGGGCGAGCGACCGAUUGUCCCUGGCUCUGGAUGCAGAGCUGAGAGAGAUGCAAGAGAGGAUGGCAAGCCGACAGCGGUACGAGGACUCGGGGCGCGCUUAUGUGCUGUCGGGGCUGAGCUCGCACUCAUGGCAGCGAGCAACCGCGCGUGGGGACUCCACCGACGGUUCCAGCCUCCUCCAUUCUUAUCAGACGCCGUCAAUGGUCGAAAUGCUACACCGUUCCCAGACGCUGCGCGACUCACCCCGGCGUCCUGCCCCACCCAUCCAGCCAACCAGGUCCUUCCCAUCUCGGCCACGACCAAUCUAGUGACGGUGAACAAUUGCAAGGAAAAAAAGAGAAAGCUACGGAUUCGAUGGUAUACGUUUUCGUGGAAUGAGAUGGAAUGAGAUGGAAAGUGGGUGGAACGUUGGUGUAGGGUUGCAGGGGAGAAGGUAUAGGUAUGUUGCUUUUGGUUUCGGUGUUGUACAUAGGAGAAGGUCUUCCUUGAAGACGAUUGUAAGAGGUAUUGAUCUCUGCAAAUACUUGGGGGUGCAUUCUUCUAUCUGAAUCGUGUAGCUGCCUGGGUCAGAUACUUUCUUCUCAAAUCUGUGCUCUCAUCUACUAGUAGUAACCUUUCCCUUUGGCUACGGUAGAUGGUUCCGCCAUGGCUCUCCUGCAACAUCAGUUUCCUUCUUUCCAUUACAGUAUUGCAGAACUCAGUGUCUUCAUUAA